AUGGUUGGGCAUCUACUAAAAGCUUGCCGAAACCAAAGUAAAGUUGCAAAAUUUGGAAGGAAGGACAAGUCAGGUGCUAAUAGAGUCCAUCAAAUCUCCGAAGAUGAUGUCAAUGAGCUUAGCUCAAGCUGCAAUGAAGUUUCAAAUAAUGUGUGUUUGUACAACUUUGGAUUAAACACAGGUAUGGCAGCUUACAAGGUAAGGCUAACUAUAGAGAAGGUUCUGGUGGAGAUGGAAAUUGACAGCGGGUCAGCUGUAUCAGUUUGUCCUUCAGACGUUUUUAAUGAACAUUUUUCUCAUAUUGAAUUAAAGCCUGUUUCUAUGAAAUUGCGAACUUACACAGGUGGUGACGUGCCUGUUCUAGGUCAAGCUGAGGUUAGAGUUUUAUAUAAAAACCAGAACCUAGUGUUACCACUGUUGAUUGUUGAGGUUUGUCGUAAAGACCAGCCUAUUUUGCUUGGAAGGAACUGGUUAGCAAAAUUAAAGUUGGAUUGGCAUGCUGUAUUUUCAAGAUCGUAUGAUACUACUGGUACUAAAUCUAAGUCUACAGUGAAUGUUACCACAUGUGAAUUGAAGCAAUCUAAUUGUGAAGUUGUGUUGCCUAAUGGCAAACUUGAGGCUGAAGUAGAGGCGUUAAAGAAAAAAUACAAUGCAGUGUUCCAAGGGGGGCCAGGAGAAAUAAAAGGUGUUAAGGCUCAAGUCACUCUCAAGGACAAUGCUGUUCCUAAGUUUUGCAAAUUUAGGCCUGUGCCUUACUCGUUAAGGGAAAAAGUAGAACAAGAAUUAGAUCGGUGGGUUGAGGAUGGUAUAGCGUACAGAGUUUCUAGUUCAGAAUGGGCUACUCCGUUAGUUACAGUGCCCAAGACUAAUGGUGUCCGAUUGUGCGCAGACUUCAAAGUAACAUUGAAUCCGGUGCUACAGACGGAACAUUAUCCAUUACCUCAACCUGAGGAUAUAUUUGCUUCUCUGUCUGGUUGUACAUAUUUUUCAGUUGUGGAUCUCACUAAUGCUUAUCAACAAUUAGCUGUUGCGGAGGAUUCACAACAUCUGUUGACGUUAACAACUCACAAGGGACUAUUUCGACUAAGACGUCUGCCAUUUGGACUUUCUUCAGCUCCAGCUAUAUUUCAAGCUGUGAUCGAUCAAAUUAUAAACGGAUUACCAGUACACUAUGAUGUCUUGAAACCUUUAGUGCUCACUUGUGAUGCUAGUCCUAAAGGAGUUUCUGCCAUUUUGUCCCAUAUAAUAAACGGAGAAGAAAGACCUAUAGCGUUUGCAUCAAAAACACUGAGUGCCAGUGAGAAGAACUAUUCACAGCUCCACAAGGAGGCGUUGGCACUGAUCUUUGGAGUGAAGAAAUUCCAUAAAUACAUUUAUGGGCGUACCAAUUGUAUUUUACAAAGUGAUCAUCAGCCACUAGCAGCUAUUUUUGGAUCGAAGCGAGGGGUGCCUAGUUUAGCUGCUGCUCGCCUACAACGAUGGGCCCUGAUUUUGUCUGCCUACAAUUUUGAGGUAAAAUAUCGGAAAGGUUCCAGUUUGCCCCACGCUGAUGCGUUGUCACGCUUACCACUACCCGAGAAUGAAACUUUGGAGUUGGAUGAAAAUUAUAUAUCUCAUGUGGAAUCUUGUGUAAGAGAAAUGAACUUCUUCAAUUCGGGGAGUGAUGAUUCUCCAAUCACUUCUUUAGAGAUAGGACAAUUGACUGAUAAAGACCCACUGUUGUCUAAAGUUCGGGAUUUUGUGUUGUAUGGGUGGCGUGAAAUUGUAGACCCAAUGUUAAUUCCAUUUCAGAGAAGGAAAGAUGAAUUGUCAGUGGAUAAAAAUUGCAUUUUAUGGGGCAGUAGAGUAGUCAUACCUAAGAAAUUGCAAGACCAUCUUAGGCCAACUGAGGUAGAGGAGGACGAAAUCAUUGUGCGGAAAGAGGAAGUUGGAAGGACUAUUGAGGCACAUCAACAAGAAUUCAAUAGAGAUUUGCCUAUUCUUCAGGAGUCUACAUCACCAUCAAUAUCAAGACAUGAUGCUUCACCUUAUUUGCCUAGAUUGAAAUUCUUUGUAGCUACUGUGAACCACGCCCUCGCACCUGCGCCUAGGCGAACACAUUGGAAGCUACCAUGUGCAGAGACGAGGAGCGGCUCACAGCUGUACAUAACAACAAGAAAAAACUUGGAGGAAAUGCUCAAGAACAACGCACCGUUUGAGAGGAACAAGCUGUAA